AGUGUUUUUAGAAAAAACGGACGUGUGACUAGAACGACCCAAAAGGAAUGGCCAGACUCGUAGGAGUCAAAAUGCUCGACUGAUCAUCCCGACGGUGGUGGUGGUAUGCGUGAUUGAAGAUCAUAAUUGUGUAGAUCACGACAUCGUAAUUUGAUUAAACUCAGUUUCCCGCGAGAAAUUUUUGCUCGUCGCCCCGCCCUUGGUGUCUCAGGUCGUCCACUCGUGUAUUGAUUCUUGUUCCGCACGACAUUAUGAUUCGCUUAAUUCGCCUUUUCCGUACUCUAAACUCUUUCGUUUCUCGCCGAUUCUUAACCUUCUCCACCGUAGUCCCUCUCCGUCGGGUUUAUAACACCCCCACUUUCGCGCCUUGUAUCCGAUUAUCAUAUCCACAGUUUGGUAAUGCUGCCUCUCUCGCGACAAAAGUGGGCAGGGACUCGCUGGAAUUGACGACGCCCGCAGGUGAACAAUAUGUGGUCGUUGGUUAUCAGGGUGGUGGUGAGAAUGUAAAUUCGGAGCAGAAGGGAGUGCUUCCCGAGGAGCUUGCUAGAAGGGUAAGGGUCCUCACAUGUGAUUCAACAGCUGAGGGAGCUGAGGGUGGCAAGUGCGAAGUGUACUUGAUCGGCACAAAUCAUGUGUAUGAGAAAUCAUUUAGUGAAGUUCAAACAGUAAUCAGCCACUUGAAACCGCAGGUUGUCUUCUUGGAGUUGUGCUCUGAUAGAGUGUCCGGACUUACCAGACAAAAGUUGGAGGUACCGUCUAUGAUCAAAAUGGUGAAAAUUUUGUGGAAGGAAAAAUGUGCAUGGUUUAGUAUACUUCUCAGCAGGUUUUAUGUCGAGUCUGGUAAGAAGCUCGGGGUUUAUCCUGGUUCAGAGUUCCGUAUAGCAUUUGAAGAAGCAAGGAAGUAUGGUGGCAAAGUGAUACUUGGCGAUCGCCCUUUUCAGAUUACAUUACGUAGGGCUUUCACGAGAAUGAAGCUCAGGCAUAAAGCAAUUUUACAUCUCGUCCUUCUUCUUGGAGGAUUCUUUUUACGGAUUUUCAGUCGUGAGGAUCUUAUGAAAGAGAUAGCGGAAAUGCAUGAUGAAUAUGAUCAUGCUGAUGAGAUCACGCUCCCCCAUUUUAUGGAAUUGUUUAGUAAAGCCCUUAUAGAUGAGCGAGAUCAGUACAUGGCAUUCACACUGUGGAGAGUGGCAAGAAAGCAUAGAUCAGUUGUUGCCGUUGUUGGAAUGGGGCAUCUCCAAGGAAUUAAGUCGCACUGGAAGAAGCAUGUUGAGAUGAAUGAUCUUCUUGAGAUUCCUUCUCCCUGUUAUGUGUGUGCCAUUAUUCCUGUUAUAAGGGUUCUUGCUCGAGUGGCCAUUAUAUAUGGCAUCUAUCGCCUUUAUAAACGCAGGAAAAACCCAAGUAGUCUCCAAGAGAAUGAUUUUGUUGACGACGUACCACUGUAAUGAGUGCAAUAUCAUUUUAUCCUAUAACUCAAAACUCUUGUGAAAUUUGAAAUUCAGUGAAAAUAGCCAGGUGGGGAUCCAUGUAGUGGUCAAGCAUUGGAUGCUUUCGUAGUUCCACGAACCUAAAUUCAUUAUUUAGUUGUAAUUUUUAAUUCCUUAAUUCACCUUUUAGGUGGUGGAUUGUUCAAUCCUUUUGUAUUCCCAUUAUUUAAAUAAUCAGGUACAAUGUAAAUUGUCAAGUUGGCAUUGGGCUUUUGACGAGGAAUCAUUGCAUUGUUUAUAGUAGGAA